UCUGAACCUUCAACACACCUCAGCAGAGCCGGGAGUAGACGAUGCAUCCAAAGAGUUUGUCUGUUAUAAUAAAAACCAAUGCAAUGAUAUCAUGUAUUCCAACAAAAACUACGGAGCUGCAGAACCAUUUUUCACCAGCCUUCAUUCGAGUAUACAAAAAGCAGAGUUAGAAUUAGCCAACCCCAAUGACUACCCGCUACACUACAAUGUGGGACAUGAGGAACAGUUUGAUUUCAUAGUGGUUGGGGCGGGUUCAGCCGGCUCUGUAGUGGCAAGUAGACUGUCAGAGGUGGGUGACUGGAGAGUGCUACUAGUAGAGGCUGGUGGAGACCCUCCUGUGACGUCAGAGGUUCCAUCGCUAGCUGUGUUUCUACAGGAUACUGAAGUCGACUGGCAGUACAGAACAGAUGCUGACGAGGAGAACUGUCUAGGAAUGGUAGGGAACCAAUGUAAGUGGCCAAGAGGAAAGGUUCUAGGUGGUUCUAGUACUAUAAAUUACAUGAUGCAUACACGAGGACAUCCGAAAGACUUUGACAGUUGGGCAGCUGCGGGAAACAAAGGGUGGAGCUACGAAGAGGUCUUGCCGUACUUCAAGAAAUCAGAAAACUUGGACGAUCCUUUGAUUUGGGCAACGGAGGACGCUAAAAUAUACCAUAAUAGAGAUGGUUUGCUGACGGUUGGCUCAUGGGCUGAGAAUGAAAUGAAAGAAGCUAUAGACGUUGUUGCAGAAGGUCUAGCAGAUAUCGGAUACCCAUUCAAUGCAGAUCUCAAUGGAAAAAAUCAUUCUGGAUUUACAAAAAUGUCAGGAACCAUAAGAGAUCAAAGAAGAUGCUCUUCUGCAAAAGCCUUUCUAACGCCUGCCAAAAAUAGAAGGAAUCUAUUUCUGUCCAAAAACUCACUUGUAACCAAGAUAUUAAUAGAAACACAGCGGAAAAGGGCUUAUGGAAUACGUCUGAUAAACAAAAAAGGAAAGAUGAUUGAAGUCAAAGCGAUAAAAGAAAUCAUUGUAUCAGCUGGAGCUAUUAAUUCACCACAACUGCUCAUGCUCUCAGGUAUAGGGCCCGAGCGGCAAUUACAAGAAUUUGGGAUUCCAGUAAUAAAGAAUUUACCAGUUGGAGAGAAUCUUCAAGAUCACUGCCUCAUGAUAACGAUGGCUUCAACGUUAAAUAUAAACGUUACACUUUCACCACCUAACGAUCAAGACACAUUCAACUUUCUUUUAAAAAAGCCGGGAAAUCUAACCUCUCCUAACUCCUUUCCAUUUGCAGCCUUCAUAAACACAGCUGAUGGAGAUCACCCUGACAUGGAGUUGCUUCAAAAUCACGUCUCUAGAAACGACAAGAACUCUAUAACUGGACUUUUAAAAUUGUUCAACUUCAAAGACGAAUCAAUAGAAGAUUUUAAAAAAAUUAAUAAAAUUGACUACACAAUUAUCUGGCUUGCUUCUUUGCUGAAACCUUACAGUAGAGGACGAAUUUUAUUGCAAAGCACCCAGCCAAACAUUUAUCCCAAGAUUGUUGCAGGGACAUUUACCGAUCAGCGUGAUGUUGAAACGUAUCUUAAGGUUUAUGAUUUCAUUUCAAGGCUAGUUGAUACUCAAGCUAUGAGGAGUGUUGGGGCAAAGUUCCAUGAAAUCAAGGUCCCAGGGUGUAGUCAACAUGAGUUUGCUUCUCGUGCGUACAGGGAAUGUGCUAUGAGACAUCUCACAGGAACUACCUACCACUACAGCGGGACUUGCAAGAUGGGUCUUGCCGGGGACUCCUCAGCAGUAGUGGACCCUACUCUCAGGGUACAUGGUGUAGAAGGCCUCAGAGUCGCUGAUGCUUCAGUCAUGCCUACCGUCGUCUCUGGCCAUCCCAACGCCGCCAUCGUCAUGAUUGGUGAGAAAGUGGCAGACCUGAUCAAAGGAGAUUGGUUAUCACGCUAA